UACACUUGUUUCACUGCAUGUAAUGAAUUUGAAAAAAGAAGAUUAUUUACAUCCAGACUCUCGAUGGGAAACGAUGUUUAUUUUAUUCAUUUCAUUUUGGAUUUUUGUUUCGGAGGUGCAAGGCGGUUAUUACUUCGUAAUAGCUCCAAACGUGAUUAGAUUUGAACAAGAUGAGACAGUUGUUGUCAGUGUGUUUGGAGAAACAGAUGCAGCUGUCAAACUUUGGAUAGAGCACGAGGGGAAACAAUUUUCUAUGAAAAAAGUCGUAGUUAAAGACCAAGAAACUCCAACUUACUCGACUGUGAAAGUCCAAGAAGCCGAUAUCUUUGACAGUAUGUUUGACAAAAAGCCGAGAAAAGUCAAAUUAUGUUCGGAAUGGAAAGGAACGAAACAAUCAAGGGAAAUAAUUCUCAGCUAUCAUUUAGGUUACCUGAUCGUACAGACGGACAAACCGAUAUAUACACCUCGACAAAAAGUUAGAAUAAGAACUUUAGCCCUUGACGAGUCAUUGAAAGCUGUCGAUGGUUGGUUAGUGGGCAUGGAUAUCAUCAGUCCUUCAAACAUAACAAUGGGAAGAAAGUUGAUAAAGCAUAGUCCUACGGGAUUCUUUCAAAAUGACUUCAUCUUACCGCCUUACCCUGAGAUGGGAGUUUGGACUGCAAGAUCCUUUUAUAAUGGACGGUUUGAAACCGAGUCGCGUGCCCUCUUUGAAGUUCGUGAAUAUGUUCCCAUAACGUUCGAAGUGACAGUUGGCGUAGACGUUGAUUUCCUUCUUCCAGACACAAGAGAUAUUACUGUCACUGUGGAAGCGAAAUAUGUAUACGGCAAGCCUGUUGAAGGAAAUGCAAGACUUAUGUUGACAUUGAAAGGCGAUGAUAAAAUAUGUGACUACAUCUUAGAUACUGCGAGAAAACAGCUUGAAAACAACGGGCACAAAGGAAGUGUGACAGAAUUCAAUAUCAAUGUUGCUCAAAUACUGAACUCUUCGUUACUAAGCAAUAAAUCUUUCCCCAGCGGAAAACGCUUAGAAGUGAUUACAAUUGUUUAUGAAAGUGCAACAGGGAACGAGGAGGCACGAAGUCACGAAGACACCAUCUUCACAAUGAAUCCGUAUAUUUACGAGUUUACUAAAUCAAAACAGUUCUUCCGACCAGAGUUGGAAUAUUACUUAAAGGUUCAAGUUCUAUAUGUAAAUGGAAAAGCUGCUUCUAACAAAGACUUUUUGAUAAGAAUGAACGAAGAUGGGACUUUUAAAGAAGAACGAAAUGUUACAACAAACGACAAAGGGCUAGCAAUAGGUAUCUUUCAGACGUCUAGCGAAAUACAGAAAAUUUCAUUCACGGUGUCAUCUCUGGACAUGCUGUAUGAAAGUGAUAUAUAUGAGGUAACUGCAUACUCUGGAAAGAAUCAAAUACAAAUUGAGCGUGUGGACACGGAGAAGAAUAUGAUACGAGCCUUUACAAACACACAAGGGAAUACUUCAACUGGAAUGCUUAUUGUGGGUGUUGCACGUGGUAAAGUAGUUUAUACAAAAUAUAAAGAAGAAUCAAAUGUGGCUAAUGAAGAGAUUACGGAGGAUCUACAAGAACUAGUUUCACCUGAUACAAGACUUCUUGUCUUCUUUGUUGAUUAUACUACACACGAACUUGCGGCUGACUCUACUAAGUUUGAGGUUGAAAAGACAUGCCGCGGUAAACGUCUUAAUUUAGUGACGGACAGGAAGGUAGUCAAGCCGGGAACUAGAGUCACGUUAAUUGUUACCGGAACCCCUUUCAUGCACAUCGGUCUAAAUAUAAUAGACAGGGCACUCCUUUUACAGGACGAUAAGAAUGUUUUACGGAAGAACAAGAUGUUUGAGACUCUCCAGUCACAUGACCUUGGUUGUGGAGAAGGUGGAGGGAGAUCAGGAGCUGAUGUGUUCAAGAAAACCGGACUGACAGUGUUAACUAACUCUUUAUUGGAUGAAAAUGAUAUAAUACGGACCACAGCCGGAUGUAAGGGAAAUACAAGAAAACGUCGUGAUGCCUACGGACAAUUAGACGAAAACAGUGACUAUUGGGAGGAUAUGGCAAAGUUGGCUAAUGCUGGUAUCCAAAGUUACACAAGAUCAGAUUACCGAGAAUCCUGGAUGUUUGAUGUCUUCAGUCUAGAUAAAAAUGGUCAGAUGCAAAUCGAGCUCAAUGUCCCCGACACUAUGACGGAAUGGAGUAUACAGGCAAUUGGUAUUACGGAAAACGACGGAAUGUGUAUUGCUGACGAAAUCGAUUUAAUGGCUUUCAGAGAUUUUUUCAUUCAACUUGAUCUUCCGUUUAAAGCGACUCGUUUUGAACAUUUCAAUGUAAAAGCAACGAUAUUUAAUUACGGUGUGCCAAAUGAUGACAAUAAAACGGUCAGUAUUUACUUGCAAGGAGUGGACAAUCUAUGUUCUAACAGCGACCCAGGGAAACCAUCACCUAGAGUUAAAAUUGAGCUCCCUCCAAAUAGCGAGAAAAUAGUAACUUUUCCAGUGAUACCUCUUAAAAGCGGUCUUUAUCCUGUGAAAAUGACCGCCAUUGUUUCGAACGGUGAUAUCCCGGAAGUGGAUGUCGUUGAAAAGAAACUAUACGUAGUAAAUGAGGGUAUAGAAGAACAAAUAACAAUUGUUGUGUGUUUAGACCCAAUUAAUCAGACAGACGAUUGUAAGAAUGGUAAACGUGUAGUUCGUGAAUUUCAGGUAAGCAGCUACGAACGACAGUACGUAAUAGAUUUGACGCUUCCCAGAAAUACAAUUUCACAAACAGGGGCAGCUACUGCGUAUAUCCAAGGUAUCGUUAUGACCAAUGUUGUCAAUACGACUAUCAGAGGCGUUGAUUCUUUGUUUCGAAAGCCUAUCGGCUUCGGUGAGCAGACAAUGAUACGGCUUGCUACAAAUGUAUACGCCCUAGCUUAUUUGAAGGAAACGGAACAAGAGACGGUUGAAAUAGAAGCAAAAGGAUAUCAAUGGAUUAGAGAAGGUAUAAGAAAACAGAUUUCAAAAUUUAGACAACACGACGGAUCAUACGCAAUCAUGCGUAGCCGACCGCCCAGCACUUGGCUCACGGCAUUUGUUGCAAAGGUGUUUUGUCAAGCUAACACGGUUGUAGAUUAUGCUGUUGUCAAAGAGAAAUAUAUUAAACACAUCAUUAACUGGCUUAAUUACAAUAUGCAUGCUGAUGGAUCGUUUACUGAUAAUAUGCCAGUAUUACACCGAGAAAUGAUGGGACAAAUCAACGAAAGAGAUCCUUCCUUUACAGCCUACAUUCUGAUUGCUUUACAGGAAUGUGGUGGUAAAUAUGGUAUAGUUAGCGCAAGCUUUGACAGAUCAGUACAUUACAUAGAGCGUUUACCGGAAAGGAAAUUGAAGAACAACCCAUAUCUUUUGGCAAUAACCACAUAUGCUUUAGCAUUGUCUGACAGCACAAAAACAUACACGUUUGUGAAAUACUUAAAAGACAUAAAGAAAAUUGAUAGGGAGGGUACAUUCUGGGGAAACCCGGGAGGGAAACCGGCAAACGCUAAUUCUGUAGAAACAACUGCAUACGCUCUUCUUGCUUUGUUGCAAUACGGGGACAUUAAAACAAGUUCGUCUAUUGUAAGUUGGCUGACCUCCCAAAGAGAUGCCACAGGAUCAUUUAAAACAACACAGGAUACAGUGGUUGGCUUGCAAGCAUUGUCUCAGUACAAAAUCGCUACCAAAUCUCGAGAGAUUAACCUCAAUGUUACAAUAGUAGCAGACAACUUGGUUGGUAAACAAAGACAAAUAACUACAGAAAAUGGUAUUGUUCAACACAUUAUAGAAGAUUUACCCGUUAAGACUGGAAACAACACAAUCUCGGUUAUAGUUGAAGGUAGAGAAAGUGCGGUUAUGUCAAUUGAUCUCCGUUAUAACAGGCCCGCCUCAACAGAAGAACAUUACUGCCCCUUUACGAUCACUGAUAUUGAUGUUCAAGAUGCCAAAGAUGCACCAAUUAAUAACACUUUGGCCAGAUCAAGAAAUUGUGACGUAUGUGGUCAGUGUGAAGAGGAUGAUAAAGGCAAUAAUACCUACGCCGACAGCGAUUAUUUUGGAGAUCCGCAAGAAAUAGAACCCAGGGAGAAAAGUUACAUUGGGAGAAAGAAAGGAGAUUCAAGCCAUCGCACCAACCUUACUGUUAAAAUAAAGUGCAUUCGUUUCAGUAUUAGUUCUAAAAAUAAUGACACAUAUGGCAUGUCCAUUGUGAAGUUUGGGCUAGAGACAGGUGUUGGAGUGAUCAAGUCUGAUUUAGAUAAGCUUGUUGCUGAUAAAGCAAACAUCAAAUAUUACGAAAUGCCAUCUGAUGGCAGGGGUUUUAUCAUGUUUUACUUAAACGAGAUUUCUUCAAGCAAGACAAGCUUCAUAUUCAGAUUGAAGGAUAGCUUUGAUGGAGAAAUAAAUUCAAGACAACCAUCUUCAAUUUAUGUUUACGACUACUACAACCCAGAAAGACAUUGUACUCAGUUUUAUGGUACUGGUCCAAAUGGAGCCAAAAGCGUCUCUUAUAAAUGCGAGAGUAACAAGAAGGAAUGUGUGUGCGCCCGAAGUAUGUGUGUUCAACCAGUGGAAAACGAAAUUCAACAGUUAAUCAGAAUGAAGAAGAAACCUGUUCCAAAACUGUUCAAUAGCGCCUGUAAUACGGAUAAGGCAAAAUAUGCUGUACGCGUGAGAAUAGACGAGGUUAUGUAUGAUGAGACAGCACUCGAGAAAAUUGCAAGAGGCACGGUGAUGACUACACUCAGGCAAGGGAUUGAGAGUCUUCACGAUGGAGACGUUAUGUCAUUUUUCUGGAAUUCCACUUGCCAAUUCCCAGAAUUGGAACAAGGCAAAACUUACAUCAUUAUUGGAAAAGACGGCUUCAAAAUCAGAGAUGGUGAAAAUGAAGUAUAUCGGUCUCCAUUACUGGGAACAACAUUAGUCAUAGAGUAUAUCAGACCACAGUAUAGGAAAUACAGAAUGAAAUAUAGAAUACUAUAUGCGGGCCAAAAACAAUUCGGAGGCGUGAUGUCGGGCAGCGGUGGAUGUAAAAACUAGAAUUAUCACAUUAGAAAGAAUCCACCGAGAAUUGAUCUAGGGCAGAUAAAGAACAUUCAUUGAUACAUGAAACAUUUCUGAUAUUAUUAUAGUAGUACCAUUGUAUAAAAACUUGACAGGACAAGACAAAUUUCAUCAAUUUUACGUUAAAUAUUUUAAAUGUGUUGUCCCCAUUGGUAGCCUCAAUUUCAAACGACUGUCUUAUCAUAACAUGAAAUCAAUAAUGAACAUUAUAGAUGGCAAUGAUAAUAUUUACUUAAAGAUUUACUUUAAUGACUAAAACAAACAUGCUAGAGUGUGUAACUUAAAGAUAGCGAGACGAUAUUUGAAGUUACUGUUAUCUAUUUGUUUACGACUGUAUUUUUAAUAAUUAAUUACUUUUAGAUUUUUUUUUCAAACGGGCCUAAAAUGUCUGCAAUUAUAGAUUAUUUGUUAGCGAAAAAAAAAUGUUUUUAUUAUCACAUGAGUAAAUGUAGUCUACAUGGGGUCUACCUCUAUAACUAUGCUACUAUCUAGAUUACUUCCUUCCAAUUACCAUUUGUAAUUUCGAAAUAAAACAUCAAUUAGUAAAAGAUAUUUGUGUGAAUUUAAAACCGCACAUCCAAGUAUUUUCUUCCGUGUCACAAUAGGGACUACGAUGAGAUACCAGGCCGACCACAAUUGCUAUCUAAAACAACCAACAAC